AUAGUUGCGUCACUGAGCUGCGUCAGCGGGUUAAACUUUAGUUUGCGGCUGAUUUCAUUGAAUCUAAUGACGUCAUUGAGUUCAUUAUUGUCAUGUUUUCAGAUGUUCAGAGUUCGUCUACAGAACUAGCCGACAUAUGCUAACCAGCUAGCCACGCUGACGGCUAACAGUGCAACACCAGCAGAGUCUCACCUGCAUGUUGGGAACGAACCCUUUCUUGAUCCUCCAGCAGUUGCUGCUGAUCUUGUCGAGGUACUGCAGCUCAUCGUUGUAGCUGCGACUCAUGGUUCCGAUCACAAGAAGGUUUAAAGCUGCUGCUACACCGGCGGACAGGCAGCGAGUCACAGCGCUACGGAAGCUCACAAGCGUUUUGACAGGACAAUGCGGUUGGUAAUUUCUGCAUGACUCAUUAAAAUGUCACUUUUAACGUAAAAGUAAAAAUAUGAUUUCAGAUUUAAGAGGCCGUUAAUGUAAAUUUGAAUGAGUCAUUAAUUAAAUGGUGUUAAAAUAUCAUUUUUUCUUCGUGGGCAGGAGUAUAAGCUUUACAAUAAACUGAUUCGCUUGCCGUAGUUGUAGUCAACCAAGUUUAGAUAGUCAAACGUAUCAGACGCUUCAAGUAGAGCCGGAUGUUCUGCGACUGACCUUCCAAACAAAAGCAUGAACUAUUUUCUCUUUUUUUUUUUAAGCUAUCACAUUUAACACUAGUACAAUUUAUGGUCACCAUGUUGAUCACACUCAUCACACAAUUACACCUGGUUCCCUGAAGGAAGUUCACGAGCCAUAAGUUAAGUAUUUAUUCACUUUUGCUUUACGAGACGUUUCCAAAAAAGGUUUUAUUUUGAAAUGUUGUACUUUGAGAACAGGAACCGGAAGCUUUAGCGGGUUGACGCCGCUGUCUCGUUGCUGCUACUCUGUUUACAGAUUGAGAGAAAUGUUACAAACGACCCGGAUGUAACACGUUAACUCAUCAUUGAAUGACUUCAUCUGUUCGCCUGCAACAUGAAGCUUCGUGUUCGGCUCCAGCGUGUCACCAGCAGAGUGGAGUUACUGGGAGCAGAUCCCAGCCUGAAGGAGCUCAGGGAGCUCAUCGAGGAGACGCUGCUGUCCUCUCAGGGACUCGGGUCAGAUAUACAUAUUGAGAUUAUGAUAUUUAUCUUCUUUCUCUCUUGUUUGUGUAAGAUAGAAACAUGUUUAAACGUUUUGUGUUCCAGUGCAGACACACAGUUCAGUUUGUCUCUGAACGGCUCAGAGCUUCUUUCAGACUCCGGUCAGACUCUGUCGUCCUGCGGCAUCGUCUCCGGAGAUCUGAUCUGUGUCGUCCUGCCGGAGUCUGCAGCCGACAGAACGACCAGCAACUCACAGAACCAGCAGAACCAGCAGACUGCUGCCAUGACAUCUAACCAGUCCAGCAGACCUGCAGCAUCCGUAUCGGACCCCGAGGAGUCCGGUCCGGUGUUGGACCCCGAACCGCCGUCGGCCCCCAGCUGGGAGCCCAUGCUAUGCAGCGAGGCGGAGGACGGCCAGGCCCCUCUCUCUCUGGAGCUCCUCCACCACUCGGCCCAGACCUCCAGCCCCACUGACGCCAUCGUGGUGGCCGGACACCUGCUGAUGCUGGAAACCGGCUUCAUUCCUCAGAGCGCUGGGCUGAAGGCCUCUGAGAUGCCACCAGGCUGGAGGUCCCCAGCUGGAUUCUACAAGCUGCAGUACACCCACCCUCUGUGUGAGAACAGCCUGGCCAUGGUGGUGUCUGUGGUCAUGGGCCCCGUGCUCAUCAUCAACGCGACUCUGAAGGUGAACGAAUCCGUCGACACGGUUCGUAAAUUGUGUCUGAAGCCGUCCAGCUACGUGACGCACGAGUGGCCAGGAGAAAGUGCAGCUGCAGCUUUCAGAGACCUGAACAAACUGUCCCGGAUCUUCAAAGACCAGCUGGCGUACCCGCUGAUCGCCGCCGCCAGAGACGCGAUGGCGCUGCCGGUGGCGUUCGGUCUGGCCGCUCUUCCUCCUGAACUGGUCCUGCGAGUCGUCCGUCUGCUGGACGUCCGCUCGGUGGGGAGACUGUCUUCUGUGUGCAGACGCUUCAGCGUCUCCAUGGCCGACUCCUCGCUGUGGAGACACCUGUACCGCCGGGACUUCUCAGAUCGAGAUGUGGGCAGGUCCAGAGACACAGACUGGAAAGAGCUCUACAAAAGGUUCCAUCAGAUCCGCUAUGAGCGUCGUCAUGCGACCCGUCACAGGCCCCUCCCCCCUUUCCACCGGAACCCCUUCGCCCCCCCCGUCCCCCUGCACCCCCCUCUGCCCGGCAUCAUCGGGGGGGAGUACGACCAGAGACCGGGCCUCUUCCCCCCCCUCCCCCGCCUCCUCCUGCCCCCCCGGCCUCGCUACGACCCCAUCGGCCCGCCGCCGGACCUCGAGAGGCUCGAGAGGAGGCCGACAGGAGGGCGGGCUGCAGACGUCCGGAGAGGAUUCAUCUGAGUCGACCAAUCAGAGCUCCUCCUGCAGUAAAUAAACAACUCGCAUAAUCAACAACAACAACACAUUAUUGUUAUUAUCAGAGACAGGAAGCUGCUCGUCACAAACAAACUGUUCACCAGGUGUUUGAUAGUCAGUGAGGACGUCCUCCAGGUCACAGAGUUUAUAUAUACGUGUGUGUGUGUGUGUGUGUGUGUGUGUGUGUGUGUGUGUG